CGUUAUUGUUGUUUUUGUUGUGUGUGUCUCUUCAUGCACAAUUUGUCGUCACUUGGCGAUGACUUAAUUCAUUUAGCAGAGGCCCAGCGGACCAGCGGACCAGCAGAUCAGCAGACCAGUGGACCACCAUUGGACCUGAGGCUGAAGCGGAGCCAGAGGCAGUGAUUCUGGGGCAGAGCUGCUGUUUCGGCGGCGUGCCACAUUCAGUCAGCGAUCGUCGAGGCAAACGGAUGGCGAUCUCAUCAGCAGCAACAGCCACGUAUCUGCUGACGGCCCUCAGCCACGACAGCCACAGCCACAGCCAGAGUCCCACCGAUGGGAGUGCCAGUGGAGGGGCUGGCGACUCCGAGGACUCGCAGCCAGGCGGAAGCGGCAGGAGGCGGCCACCCAGGCAAAAGAUCAAUGCCAGAGAGCGUUACAGAACCUUCAAUGUCAAUGCCGCCUAUGAGGCCCUGCGCAGUAUGAUACCCACGGAGCCGAUGAACCGCAAGCUCUCGAAGAUCGAAAUCAUCCGCUUGGCCAGCAGCUACAUCACCCAUCUGAGCAGCACAUUGCAGACAGGAACUGAUUUUCAGCCUUGUCUGCUGCAUAAGUACGAAAACGAAGGCGGCGGAGGUGGAGGUGGAGCUGGAGGCCCCAGCAGGCGCAUCAGCAUCUGCACUUUCUGUUUGAAGAGCAAGUGAACAAUAUUAAGUAAUCAGAUUAAGCUUAGAUUAUGUGCAAUUGCAAUGAAUUUCGCGGUAUUUAUUUAAAUUAAAACAGCCUUGGCAAAUUCUUUCAAAUUAACCGCCCACUACGAGCGCCAUCUGUUGGAUUUCGUUUGUACCCCAUCAGCACUCAGUUGGACUUCACUGCCACUAUGGUUGAACUGCUGCAACAAUUAAUUUAAGAAACAUAUUAAUGGCAGCAUAAAACUGUUGCCCAAGUCUAAAAGGAGUCCUUCAAAUUACCAAUCGCGUGGAAAAUUAAUUCGUGAAUUGGAUAAAAUUAUAUGUGCAGAGCUUAGAGUCCCAGCUAGCUAGUAAUAUUAAAC